AUGGCGUCGGUAGAUGUUGAGCGUAUCAAGUUAGAAUCUUCCAUACGUAAUUUAAAAUUGUCUGGUCAUGUUGGAUUUGACAGUCUUCCAGAUCAAUUGGUGAAUAAAUCUGUUCUGAAUGGAUUUGUGUUUAACAUUCUUUGCAUCGGUGAAACUGGACUUGGAAAGUCCACUCUUAUGGACUCUCUCUUUAAUACGAGUUUCGAAUCCAUUCCAAGCCCACAUAAUCUUCCUUCUGUGAAACUCAAAGCCCAUACUUAUGAAUUACAAGAGAGUAAUGUAAGGUUAAAGCUUACUAUUGUUGAUACAGUUGGUUAUGGAGAUCAAAUUAAUAAGGAAGAUAGCUUUAAAGCUGUUGUUGAUUACAUAGAUGCUCAAUUUGAAGCCUAUUUACAAGAGGAGUUGAAGAUUAAGCGAUCUUUAGCAACUUACCAUGAUAGUCGUAUACAUGUUUGUUUAUAUUUUAUUUGUCCGACAGGGCAUGGGUUAAAGUCAAUCGAUCUAGUCUGUAUGAAGAAACUUGAUACAAAAGUCAAUAUUAUUCCAAUUAUUGCUAAAGCUGACACGAUAUCAAAAACAGAAUUACAAAAGUUUAAAAGUAAAAUUAUAUCUGAAUUACAAAAUAAUGGAGUCCAUAUUUAUCAGUUUCCUACUGACGAUGAAAGCGUUGCAGAAGUAAACUCUAGUAUGAAUGCUCAUGUACCUUUUGCAGUAGUUGGUAGUACAGAUUUUGUUCGAGUUGGAAACAAAAUGAUGCGCUCUCGUCAAUACCCAUGGGGUACAGUACAAGUCGAAAAUGAGUCCCAUUGUGACUUUGUUAAAUUGCGUGAAAUGUUAAUAAGGACAAAUAUGGAAGAUAUGAGAGAAAAAACGCACUGUCGUCAUUAUGAACUAUAUCGUAAGAAGCGUCUAGAACAGAUGGGAUUUAGUGAUGUUGAUAGUGAAAAUAAACCAGUUAGUUUUCAACAAACUUGUGAAGCAAAAAGAUCCAUCCAUUUACAAGAACUCCAACAAAAAGAGGAUGAAAUGCGACAGAUGUUUGUGGCACGAGUGAAAGAGAAAGAAGCUGAAUUAAAGGACGCAGAAAAGGAGCUUCAUAACAAAUUUGAUAAACUCAAGAAAGAUCACACAGAAGAAAAGAAAAAAUUAGAAGAAAGUAGAAAGAAACUGGAGGAUGAUAUUUUAGAAUUUAAUAGACGAAAAACUCAGUUCGCACAACAACCUCAGCAUCACACGUUAACACUAGGUAAAAGCAAGAAGAAAUAAAAAUGUCCGCCAUUGAUGCCACAAUAAAUAAAUACGACGCCCCAUUUUGUAUUUCUAUACAUACGAGUAUUAUUAUUUUAAUCACGUAAUGACUACUUGACCACCAAAAUUAAAAUUAAAUUAUCCAGCGUACGCAAACGUUACAACUUAUAUUCUUACGCAUUUCUUUAAUUAUAGAUUUUAAUUAUAUCAGACUGAUUAUCGUAACAAAAGUGAUGUUUACC